CUCUUACCUAAAUCUAUAUCUAAUAAUACUCAGCACCCACUCACUCUCGUCUCAACAAACCCAGAGGAACAAAGCCAGCAGCAAGAAAGAAAUCCCAGAAAAAAAUUUCAAACUCGAAGAAUAACAUACCCUUUUCUUGUUCUUUACUUCUUGUUGUUUUGGGGUUUUUCUUUGGCUAUUGCAUGAACUCAUGGAGCUUCAAUUGGGUCUUGCUCUUCCAAGCAAUACUGUUUUUGGGUUGGACCUAAAUAGCUAUGUUUACAAGCCUAAAGAGGUUAGUGGCUCAGGCCAAGUGAACUACUGUCUUCAACUGGGUCCGCUCGCAUGCUUCUCUAAAGCAAGUAGUAGUACUAGUGAUGAUUUUUCUAGCAGCAGCAGCAACAACAAUAACAACAACAAGAACAGAAAACGCAGCCUUUCUGAUGCAUUCAAUGAAAUAACAAGAGAUGACCUGCCCCAAACGUUGCCACUUCUGCUCUGGAAUAACCAGCCAAAUGAUCAUGAAGACGAUGACGAUGACGAUGUUAAUAAACACAACUGCUCUCUUGCCUCUAACAACAGAAUUGAGGAGGAAGACAGUGAUUGUGGCAUAGUAGGAUGGCCGCCAAUCAAGUACCGGGGAAAGAAGAUUCGUGGUAUUCGGGCGGUGGACAACGGUUGUGCAGAUUGUCAUGGUAGGCCAUCAAGUUACGUGAAGGUGAAAAUGGAUGGAGUAGCUAUAGCAAGAAAAAUUGACCUAAGUCUAUAUACUUCUUUUCAAGAUCUUAAAGACACCUUGCUUCUCAUGUUUGGAACUUGCCAAGAAAAUUCAACUACCUAUAGGCUGGCUUAUCAGGACAGAGAAGGUGACUGGCUGCUUGCUGAUGAUGUUUCUUGGAGAAGUUUUUUUGGGUCGGUCCAACGUCUCAAAUUGAUGAAGAACAACAACAGUGGGUUAUUUAAUUAAUGCUUUGGGAAUAUGGUCAAUUUUUGUGUAAUGUGUUCUGUUUUUCUUUUGGGGGGUAUUUUAAUUAAUUGACACUGCAGAUGGAAGAUUUUGGAAAUUUAAAUGACUAUAUGUAAUAUAUAUAUAGUUGAUGUAGAAAGAACCUAUUGGAUUAAUCUUUGAUUCCCACUAGAAUUAUAUAAAGAAAUAACAUUUAUAUGAUAA